GCAUUCUGUCAUUUUGAUAUUCGUAGUUUUCUUGGCAACAUCUUGACAUCUUAGAAUCACAGGUUAUAAACUUAAGGAAGUUCUAUCGUUACAAUCCUUGUUUCUUUCCUUUAGACUGGUUAGAUUUUACUACUUGCUACAGAACAAAGACAUCUGUGUGAAAUGAGUUUUGUGAAUGAAAAACUGAAGCUUGAAAAUAUUCGUUCAGCGUUAAUUCGUCAGGAGGAUACUAUAGUCUUUGAUUUUUUGGAACGUGCUCAGUUUCCUGUAAAUGAGAAAGUUUACAAGAAAGGAAGUGAAGGCUGCUUAAACUUGCAGCAUACCGAUAAGAGCUUCUUAGAAUAUCUUUUACACGAGGAAGAGAAGCUUUACUCGCUCGUAAGACGUUAUGCUAGUCCUGAAGAAUACCCUUUUACAUCGGAUUUGCCAGAACCUAUUCUACCUGAUUUCAAGAAACCUUUUCCAUUACAUAAAAACGAGGUGAAUGUUAAUAAUGAAAUCUUUAACUAUUAUGUGAAGGAAAUUUUGCCCAAAAUCUGCACCAAAGGCAAUGACUCUGACAAUUUUGGCAGCACAGCAGUUUGUGAUAUUCGAUGCCUUCAGUCUCUAUCCAGAAGAAUUCACUAUGGCAAAUUUGUUGCAGAAGCAAAAUUUUUGACAAACCCAGAAAAAUACAAGAAAUUGAUUGAAGCUCGUGACUCAGAAGGAAUUGUGAACGAGAUCGUAGAUCCCGUACAGGAAGGACGGGUGUUGAAACGCCUUCACUAUAAGGCACUCACUUAUGGUCGUGAUUCUGCGGACCCUAGCAAGCCAACUGAUAAAAUUAAUGCUGAUACGGUUGUUUCCAUCUAUAAGGAGUACGUGAUUCCUAUGACUAAAAAGGUAGAAGUAGAUUACUUACUUAAUCGUCUAAAGGACUAGACGGUGUUCUUGUAAUGAUAGAUAUCUUACACAAUAAAUCCUAUAUGAGGCCUUUAAGUUAUAGAGAAAUGAAUAUAAAUAUCCAAUUUUAUUAAAAACGGAUGCAAAAUAAAUCCUUUUUGGGGGAUUUUUAAAUAAUCAUUACUUGUUUUAUUUUAGGAA